AUGGAUAAGAGCAAUCACGAGAUGGUGGGGGUACUUGCUCAACAAAUGAGUACUAUCUUCAACCCGUUAAUCCAAAAUGCAACCCAGAAAAAUUUACAAAAUGUCCAAGCGAACCAGCAAAUGGCAGCGCAAAUGGGACGAAUAUCAAAUUUCUUUGGGGCCCUUAGAGAAACAAUUCAACCACCCAAUCGUGACUGGGUAAGAGAAAAUCAGGGUAGAGCAUGCAAAGAGGAUCCCACAAUUAAUCAGACCUAUCUUGUCCCACAAAACAUUAGCAAAAACAAUAAGGGAAUAAGGGCCAAACCACUCCAAAACCAACAGGCUAUGCCUCGGGAAGAGGAACCUCGAAGGGUUAUGAUGGUUGAUCGAAACCAGAAUGCUUACGAAGUAAUCCAACGCGUUUUACAAAAUGAGAUGCUAGGAGGGAAUAACCUGUCUACCAUGAUCGAAAGCAUUAUGGCACGAAAUGGGGUGAAUGUUGGCUUUCAAAGGCCAAAUAAUACUUCCCCUAUAUCAGAGUACGUCUUGCAAACUGAAUUAUCCAGGGGCUGGAAAGUCCCAAAAUUCAUAAAAUUUUCUAGUGACACCAGUGAAUCGACUGUCGAACAUAUAGCCAAUUAUCUUACCGAGGUUGGAGAUAUAGAGAAUAAUGAAAACCUAAGAGUGAAAUAUUUCCCCAGUUCUCUAACCAAGAAUGAAUUUACAUGGUUCACAACCCUUUCACCAAAUUCCAUCCAAGAAUGGCCUCAUUUGGAAAGGUUAUUCCAUGAGCAGUUCUACAUAGGCCAAUUGAAGAUGAGUCUUAAUGAAUUGGCCAACGUGAAACGUAAGUUUAGCGAACCCAUAGACGAUAUCUAA